AAACUUUUUUGUUUUUCCUCUUUCCUUCAUUGCAGGGACAGUGAGAGGAAGGUGGAAGGAAAUGAACUGGAAACGCAGUUUGUAUGAAGCAGCCAAGCUGUUCUUUUCAAAACCCCUUUCGCACGUAGUGGUCUAUACUACAGUACCAAACCGUGUCAAGAAUUUUUGGUCAAGAUCAAGAAAGAUUUACCAUUCAAAGUAUCCUGGUCAGCUGAUGAACCCUAACCCCACGAAGUUUUCAGGCGCCAUACAUUUAAUAUAAAAGAAUCCGAAAAUUCAGAGAAAUACAGAUCUCUUUCGUGAAGUAAGGUGGAAGCUAUCGAAAGCAGCUCGAACCUGCAAAUGCUGUAUAUUAGCAAUAAUAUUUGGCUUAACAUUAAUGAUAAGCAGAUGAUCAGAAUCAGGUAUCGCAAACUCGUGUUUCUUCUUCCGAGCAAGAACUCUCCGUCACCAGUUUCUCUACCUCCAAAUAGGCCUCGUCUGUCGACCACCCUAUUAUCUUCAUCUUCUCGUCAUGGAUUUUCGAAAGGUAUUUGAACUUUGGCUUUCCGAUGACUACUACACUGUUGUUCAACAAAAGUUUAUCAGGCACUUCUUCAUGUCAUUCUCUUCAUCUUCACAAUGAAGAGUAGCAGUUAUUUCAAGGCUUUCUUUUCGCCCAGGAAAAUUCCAGCUUCAACAAGUUCAUUGUCUAUUAAGGAGCAAAUUGAAGCUGAAAGUAGAGUCGAGCAUGUUGGAUUACUCAAUGCAGUUGAGGAUUUGUAUGAAGGAAUUGUAAUAGAAAUGAAAGAACCUGUGGACUCUACAGAAUUUAUCCCUUCACUCAGAGCAUCCAUAGUAAAAUGGAGGCAACAAGGCAAAAAGGGUGUAUGGAUCAAAUUGCCUAUUGGACUUGUCCGUCUUGUUGAACCUAUAGUUCAGGAAGGAUUUAGAUAUCAUCAUGCUGAACCAGACUACUUGAUGCUGGUGUAUUGGAUUCCUGAUACUCCUGAUACUCUUCCAGAAAAUGCUUCGCAUCGUGUAGGGGUUGGGGCUUUUGUAUUGAAUAGUAAUGGAGAGGUUCUUGUAGUCAAGGAGAAUAGUGGAGGAUUUAAAGGCACAGGUGUAUGGAAGCUACCUACAGGGGUGGUUAAUGAGGGUGAGGAUAUUCCUUCAGCUUCAAUUCGAGAAGUUAAGGAAGAGACAGGAAUUGACACAGAAUUUAUGGAAGUUUUAGCAUUCAGACAAAGCCACCAAUCAUUCUUUAGCAAAUCAGAUCUAUUUUUCAUUUGCAUGCUAAGGCCACGCUCUUUUGACAUCCAGAAGCAAGAUUUAGAGCUCGAGGCAGCUCAGUGGAUGCCAAUUGAAGACUAUGUGAACCAACCUUAUAACAAAGAACAUCAGCUCUUCAAAAAUGUUGCCGAAAUAUGCAAAACUAAAGCCAAGAUGGACUACAGUGGGUUUUCUGCAAUGCCUGUAGCCCCAGAUUCUGGUAAAGAAACCAACUUGUACUUCAACAACAGGGAUUUCAACUAAGCUUCUGCGAAAGAGAUCCACGGAUUGUUACAGAACUGUCGCUUACAAACUGUAGAACUCUUUAGUUUUUCCUGUCUACCUUGUUGUUUUGUGAAAUGUCUAUACAUAGACAACUCUCACACAAAUGGAAAGCCAAAGAAAAAAGGAAUAAUUCUUCGUUUAUGAACAUGCUUCACAGCAAUGAAGGCCUGAUGAGCAUCCUGGGAUUGAAUACCAUUUGGCAAAUCAAUUAUUAA